AUGGCCGGUCCUCCGCCAGUCCCGGCGGUACCUCCGGGACAGAAAUGGCGCUCGAAGCCAGAGCGCCCGACCGCCGCGUCGUUCAGCCAUAGCGCAGACGGGAAUGUGACGCUGCGCUCGUUUGUGCGCCUAGAUCGGCGGCUGCAGCCCGACAGGGGCCCUGGCACGCCAGAUGUCACGCUGUCGCCGAACCGCCGCGACCAUGUGCGCAACGCACAAUCGCUCAGUACGAGCUCUAGCAGCCCAGAGCAGGGCGCCGCGCCGCGCUUUGCGGGCCUACGCAACUUUUUGACGAAAGUGAGCCCCGGGAACAACACGAAUGAGGCGCCGCCGAAGCGCGCGCCACCUCGCCUGGCGCAGCUCGUGAUGCCGGCAGCGCGCAAGGCGGCGCUCCCGAUGCUCAACGAAGACAGCCCGCCCCUCUCGCCGGUCUAUGACGAGUUUAGCAGCGAGCGCGAGCUGGAUGCAUCGUCGACUGAUCCGCCGUACGCCUCCGAACGUCCCCACUAUGUGGCGCCGCGCCAUGCCUGGAGCGCUGCCCAGGCCGCUGCCGAUGCUGCGGCUGCGUCCGAUCCCACCUAUCACCAGCCGCCGACGCCGAUUGAUACCCUGCGGUAUACCCAGCCCCUUCCGCUCCCGGUCCUAAACGACCGCGCGUCGCCGCCUAGCAGCUUGUCCAGUGCGCCGAGCCUGACGUGGAGCAGCAACGAGGACGAGACCAAGCCCCAGAACCAAAAGCUCCAGGUGCCCGCCUUCCUCUCGCGCAUCUACCAGGCGAGCGCUGCCCAGAUCGUGCCGGAUCUUUCGACGCAGCGCGCAGAUGUCGACCCCGCGACGCAGCCAUUCUCGCUCGCGGUGCUCAUGCCGCAUAUCUGGAAACUAGUCCUGCUCGGCCUCUUGUUUGUGGGCGCAACGGCGGUGCUGGGCCUGUGUCUAGGCACGCUCCCACUUCACCUUCCCACCCAUCUCGCGCAGCUCACGCUCACCGAGAUCCGCGACAUGUGCAGCGCGCUGCAGGAGUAUGCGCGGAGCAGCAACGGCGCCAUGUGGCACGUGUGGAUCGUCCUGUCGAUCUUCUUUACCUGGAAGCAGGCCUUUUGCGUGCCGGGCAGCCUGAUCACCAACAUUAUUUUUGGUGCCAUGUACGGCGCAUACGCGGGCUCGUUCUUUGCCUCGAUCUUGACGGCGCUAGGCGGAGUUUUGUGCUACUUGCUUGCGACGCCGUUUGGCGAGGUCGUGGCGCUCGUGCCGGGCAUUGCCAAGCCGCUGAAUUCGAUGCGCAAAGCGCUCACGACGCCGGCGCCGCCACGCACGAGCGACACGUACUCGGUGCGCAUCUCGAUGGAGCAGCGGCGCUCGCACGAAGCGCGCCGCUCGAUGGACGCACGCCGCUCGACCGAGCAGAGCAUCGCGCCGUCGGGCGUGCAGAGGAACCUGUGGUCCUACCUCUUGUUUUUGCGCCUGCUUCCGAUCGUGCCGUACGGCAUGAUGAACAUUGCAUGCGGCGUGCUGCGUGUGCCGCUCCUUCCGUACGCGGUCACGCUGGGUGUCGGCAGUGUCCCGUGGAACUUUUGCACGGCACAGAUCGGCGAAAUUCUCCAAGAGGUCGUCACGGCGAUCCAGGCGAACCGCGCGCACGUCGCGGCAAGCAACACGAUGGCCGCCGGGACGCUCGAGGCAACGACCGCUGCGACACAGGGCGCCGACUCGUUCCUCGCGAGCGGGACGCUGAGCGUGCUGCUCGACCGGAUCUGGACCGUGGAUAUGAUGGUAAAGCUGCUGCUCCUGAGCGCGGCGAGCGCACUGCCCAUUGUGCUUCAUCGCAUUUUUGCAAAAGAAAACAACGAAGAGAUGCAGAUGGAAGAGGGAUGUUCGGACCCUGAAUAG